UCUCGCUGAUAAUGGAUACACCAGAUACCCUCCUGUUUGCCGUGAAAGACUACAAUGCCAGAGUUGGAUUGCCUCCUAAAGAUCGCUUGGAUGGGUUUGAUGCCAGAUGUAAAAUUGUAGGGAAGCUGAAUAAUGUCAGUAAGAUUGCCUUUAACCCAGAAGGGGUGCUGUUUGCUGUGCGUGGUAUAGAGCUCUUCACAGGAGCUAUGCCUUCAGAUCCAAACCUGGACUGGUUCUCUACUGCUAAGAGAGUGGGCAAAACCAACUGGGAUGGGUUUAAAUUUCUCUUCUUUGAUCCAAAGGGCAUUUUGUAUGCAGUUACCAAGAAUGGGGAGUUCUACAAGGGUCCAGCACCAAGCAAUGAAAAUGUGUCUUGGCUUUAUGGCCAAGCCACCAAAAUAGGAACCGGCAGCUGGAAUGAAUUUGAUGCCCUUUUCUUUGACCCUAAAGGCAUCCUAUAUGCAGUAACAAAUGACGACAAGCUUGUGAUGAGAAGCCCACCAACCAAACCAGACGAUAACUGGCUUGACUCCAGCACAACCAUUGGAAAAGGAGGCUGGCGCAUCCUCACCCAUUUCAUGGCUUUCUCCCCAGAGUUUGACCUGUGGUGUGUGGAUUCAAAGAAUGGCAACAUCUAUAAAGGCCGAGCCCCAACCGUUGAUAAUACCAACUAUAUGAAUACCGCACAGAAUCUGGGCUGGGGUUACAAUGUCUACCCCCUCCUUUCCUUCACAAUUGAUAAAACCAUCCAGAGCAUUGUAAGCUUUGAAUUCCUGCCAGCUUCAGGGAAAAUUAUAUCGCAAGGCACAGAGGUGGUGCAGUCCCAGAUCUAUGUAAACAAGAGCAGCACUCCAUUAAAGCACACCUUCUCGUUCUCAAAGACCAUGACUGAGAGCAGCACCUUCAGCCAGGAACAUGGAUUCACAGUGGCUAUUGGUGCAGAGAUGGGCUUUAAAGCUGGAGUCCCAUUAAUAGGGGAAACUGAGUUUAAGAUUUCCAUCAAUGUGAGCACAACUCAUACCUGGACCUUCACCAAGACCAAUGAAACUCAGGUUGUUGGCCAUGUAAUCCUGUGAUAUGAAACUACAUGGUCUUGUAAUGGCAUCAAUAUAGUCUGACUUCAGAAGAGCUUCUCAUAUCUUGUGCAAUUCUAAGAUAAAUAUGUAACAAUGGUCUGACAUGUUUCUAAUUCUUCAUGGGUCUUGAAUCUAGAAUGUCGUGUAUGAAAUCCAGGAACUAGCCAAUACGUUUUCUGUACAUGUUCAAAUGUAUAAAGAUAUAUACAAAACUGAAACACGAGCCCCUAUACAGGGCAAAUCCUUCAGUGAAUAAACUGUACUAUUAAAAGAAACAGCAAUUCCCUUAAGUAGAUGAAGCUACCCAGAAGAUCUCAUCUUGUCUUCUGAAUGCAAAAUAUAUAAUGUGUAUGGGUAGUAAGGAAAAAAGAAAUACAACAUAGUGUAGUUUGUACACAAUUGCCACUCAGCACGCAAGUUCCAAUUGGCAACUCACUAUUAUCCAGUAAAAAGAUGCCUUCAUAAAAUCCUCAUCAGGAAGCUCAACUUCCAGGUCUUCACUUUAACUUCCACUUCAAUUCCAAGGUGGUGAGACCG